GAUCUCGAAGUGACGCGGCACAAAAGCCAUGUGCUGCUUUGUUUACAAAAACAUCCUCGAAGAGAGAAAUUAAAAAGCGCAGCUGCGCAUUCUCUGUGCUGGCGUCAAAACAAAUGCAAAAGGUUUCUGCAAGAGUUUUACACAGAAGAUGAAUCUGGGAAGAAACUGUUCAAAUACGGAGCUCAGCUUGUUGCGCUGGCUCACAGGGAGCAGGUGGCGCUCUUUGUGGACCUGGACGAUGUGGCAGAAGAGGACCCCGAGCUGGUUGAGAGCAUUUGCGAAAAUGCCAAACGCUACACAGGCCUGUUUGCUGAUGCCGUUCAUGAACUGCUGCCAGAGUACAGAGAGAGAGAUGUUGUGGCCAAGGACUCUUUGGAUGUGUACAUUGAGCACAGGUUGAUGAUGGAGCAGAGGGGUCGUGACCCCGCAGACACUCAGGAUGCACGGAACCAGUACCCACCUGAGCUCAUGAGGCGAUUCGAGCUGUACUUUAAACCUCCAAGCACCGCAAAGCCUAAAGUGGUGCGCGAUGUACGAGCUGACAGCAUCGGACAGCUGGUGACGGUCCGAGGCAUUGUCACCCGCGCCACCGAGGUCAAACCAAUGAUGGCUGUUGCUACAUACACUUGUGACCAGUGUGGCGCCGAGACCUAUCAGCCGAUCCAGUCUCCUUCUUUCAUGCCACUUGUCAUGUGUCCCAGCCAAGAGUGUGUGACCAAUAAAUCUGGAGGCCGCCUCUACCUCCAGACCAGAGGUUCCAAAUUUGUUAAAUUCCAGGAGCUGCGCAUUCAAGAACAUAGUGACCAGGUUCCUGUUGGUAACAUCCCCAGGAGUAUGUCUGUGUACGCUCGCGGCGAAAACACACGUCUUGCUCAACCAGGAGACCACGUGGCCAUCGCAGGGGUCUUCCUUCCUCUUCUGCGCACAGGGUUCAGACAGGCUAUUCAAGGUCUUCUGUCAGAAACUUACAUGGAGGCUCAUAGCAUCACACUCAUGAACAAGACUGAGGAUGAUGAGCUCGGCAGGGAGGACCUGACAGACGAGGAGCUGCACAGUAUCAGAGAUGAGGGGUUUUAUGAGAAACUGGCUGGUUCAAUAGCACCAGAGAUCUAUGGACAUGAAGAUGUGAAGAAGGCUUUGCUCCUGCUGCUAGUUGGAGGAGUGGAGCAAGCCCCAAAGGGCAUGAAAAUCAGAGGAAACAUAAACAUCUGUCUGAUGGGAGAUCCAGGAGUCGCAAAGUCCCAGCUACUGUCUUACAUCGACCGCCUGGCUCCUCGAAGCCAGUACACAACAGGUCGUGGCUCAUCUGGUGUUGGUCUGACUGCUGCUGUGAUGCGUGACCCCUUGACUGGAGAAAUGAUGCUGGAGGGCGGGGCCUUAGUGCUGGCUGACCUGGGCGUCUGCUGCAUCGAUGAGUUUGACAAGAUGGCAGACGCUGACCGGACGGCCAUCCACGAAGUGAUGGAACAGCAGACCAUCUCCAUCGCUAAGGCUGGCAUCAUGACCUCCCUCAAUGCCCGAUGCUCUAUCUUAGCAGCAGCCAACCCUGCCUACGGUCGCUACAAUCCCCGGAAGAGCAUUGAGCAAAACAUUCAGCUGCCAGCUGCUCUGCUGUCUCGUUUUGACCUCCUCUGGUUAAUCCAAGACAAGCCAGACGCUGACGCUGACCUUCGUCUGGCUCAGCACAUCACCUAUGUCCAUCAGCACUCCCGCCAGCCGCCCACGCACUUCACUCUCAUCGACAUGAAGCUUAUGAGGCGUUAUCUCUCACUGUGCAAGAAGCAACAACCUGUAGUUCCAGAGUCCCUGUCAGAUUACAUCACCGCUGCAUAUGUGGAAAUGAGGAAAGAGGCACGAGUCAGCAAAGACACCACCUUUACCUCUGCUCGUACCCUCCUCUCCAUCCUCCGCCUCUCAACUGCUCUGGCUCGCCUUCGCAUGGUGGACACUGUGGAGAAGGAUGAUGUCAACGAGGCAAUGAGGCUGAUGGAGAUGUCAAAGGACUCCCUACAAGCUGACAAGUCCAGUACCACAAGGACCCAGCGACCGGCUGAUGUCAUUUUCUCUCUGGUGCGUGAGCUCGCCACAGAGGGCGUGGCAGGACGCGGAGGAGCUGGCGGCGUUGUUCGAAUGACUGAGGCGGAGCAGAGAUGCGUGUCACGUGGCUUCACCCCCGCCCAGUUCCAGGAGGCUUUGGAGGAGUAUGAGGAGCUGAAUGUGUGGCAGGUUAACCAGGCCCGAACCCGCAUCACUUUUGUCUAAAGAACUCGGCCACACCUUCACCUAACAGGACACGUCGUCACACCAGCUGUGUGUCAGUCUCGUAUUAAGGCUCCGCCUCCUUUCAAAAUAUUGUAACAGGUUAAGAAUCCGGGAAGCUGUCCUGUAGUACUUCCUGUUUGAUUUAAUGUUGUAAAUAUGUAUGUUUAUUAUUUACAGGUUACAGCUGAAUGUUUCCUAAUCUUUAAAGCAUUUAUGUACAUUUUAUACAUUAUAAGGCAAAUCAGGCAAGAAAUUAUUGUAUUUUGACUACUAGUUCUAAUAAAUACAUGUAUUGUUCAAAGUG